GUUGAGUUUUAAAUAUUGUAAACUGUAAACAGUCAACUGUUAAGCCAGAUAUAAUUUUUAUACGAAUUUGUAUCAAAAUAUUAACAAUUGUGAAAGUUGUUAUAUACUGCAUUUUGUAAUUUUUGACCGAAAGAUUUACCAAAUAUAUGCGCAAUGAUGAUAGAGAAUCCCAUAACAUCGACGCCGGCAGGUCUAAGACUUAGUGUUGGCGGGAGAAACAGUCCUUUAAAAAGACGAAGUCUUGUACCACAAAGUCGAGUUAAAAAUAUAAGAGAUGAGGAUCCUAACGAUGACGAUGCUGAAAGGUCUUCACUGGUUGCUUCAGAGCGGGCGCUGGCUGCUUCUACUCCUCAAUCAUCCCCACGCCGAGGAAAGGACACCAUGUCAUCAUCGCCACAAAAAGAACAUUUCCAAGGGUGCUUGAAACUUUUUGCAGAGAACAAAAUCACCAAGGACAAUGCAUGGAACCUACAAUUAAUAGAUUUCAUGACAUCGAUGUUGAGGCGUCAUGAUGCUCGUAUGGAUAACUUGCAAACAGCGUCUACUGUAGUAGAUGCCUCUACUAGAAUAUACUCAUUCAGAGUAGAUGCAGUUCAUUAUGAUGUUCUGAAAAUGGCAGGUGGUUUGAGUAAAGCGGCUCAGUCAAAAAGGGGGAAAAAAGAUGAUGACAAUGCAACACAAGAUGAGAAUCCAACAGAACAAGAAACUGUAGCUCAUAAGAAGAAAAAGAAAAGAUCCAAGGGGGCAGUGGCAGCUAACCCUGAAGUAUUCAACGGAGAUUUUGAUGCCAAUGAUUGCAUCGAUCCUUUCUUUGAGAGGCUCGCAGCUACGACCGGUGAUGUGACUUCCUCCAAUAGAGCCUUUAAUGCAACCCUCCCUAUACAUGAUGAAACACUAGCUUUGAUAUUAAGGACAGACAUACCAUUUUUGGAGUCAAUAAAGGAGAAUGUGGAUGAAGAGAUAUUAGAUCUCAAUAAUCAUAUCACUCUCUCAUUGAAAUUACUACCAGCUUUCAAUGAAAACGAUAAAAUUUGUGAGCCAUUUGCUGAUUUCUCUAUAAGUAAUUGGGAUCCUGAAACAGAGGACAGAGAAAACCCCGUGAGCAACUGGAUGGAAGAAAACAGACUGAACUUAUCACAACAGGCUCUAGCGUUUGAUGUGAACGCUGAAGUUGAGCCCAUACCCCAGGAUGACCAACAUAAUGACUUAUUUGAGGAUGAGCCGCUGGGUGGUAUCGAGUCUGAUGAGGAGGCGGAUGUGGCGGUGGCGGCGUGUGUGGCCCGCGUGCCCCCCGCGGCCCCCGCCCGCCUCACGGAUCUACGCCCCGCAGCGCCCUCACACUCGAGAAUGGAAUACUCAUACUGCGCCCCCGCGCUCGCCUGGGCCGGACCCGCUCAUUGGAGGAUUAAAAGCAACAGGGCGUCCAAACAGUCGGAGCGCAGUCAGUCCACCGCUCGGGCGACUGUGGAAUGUAAGAAGGUGAAGACCAAGAGACAGCUGGACUUCCUAGAGGCGGGCCUGGCCGUCGACUGGCGGACCAACCCCGGGCCUGACUUUGAACCCGCCCAGCCCGCCAAGAUCAUGAUCAGUAGGAAGACGCUCGCCACUGGACACACCUGGAACGAAUACAACUACAAGACGCCCGUGGACAGAGGAUUAGACGAGAGUCACUUCCGCAAAUUGUUCCUUCGCUCCACUGUGAUGAUGACCAGAGCACGGGACGCCAAGGAAGAGGAACCGCUCACUGUUGAAACUAGUUACGACUUCAACAACGAAAACGAUGCCUCGUAUUGUCUCAAACAUGUACCGGAGGGUGCCGAGUGGGGCAAUGAAGAUAACACUGAGGCGCCGGAGUUGCAUGAACAAAUAAGACACGAACAAGACAACGAAGAUAUAGGAGAUAUGAUUGAACCACCUACUAAGGUUGCGAAAAUCUUCAUUCCUUACGCUAUGCGAGCAAAAAAGGUUGAUAUGAAGCAACUAAAACAUUGCACAUGGAAAAUGUUAACUGGUAACAGUUGCGACGGUGAUAAGGAAGAGGUCUCUAAAACAACAUUCUUUUCAAUAUAUUCAAAGUUACCGAAUAAAUUAUCAACGAAUAUGAAAGAAUCCCUCAGCAUACCUCUAGCGUUACUCUCUGUACUACAUUUAGCCAAUGAAAAGGGCCUAAUCCUAGAGAAAAAGGACGAUUUGAAAGAUAUAGGUAUAGUAGGUUUAAUUAAGAAUUAAUUAUUGUGUCUGUGUAAACUAGAUGACUUAUUUCUCUAUAAUUUUUGUAAAAUUUUAAUCAGUAGUAAACUCUUUUGACGUUUAUAAUAAGUGUAUAACGUUUUCAAGGAAUUGCCUACAGCAUACAUCUAGUGAUGGGAAAUAUACUUUGUAAAUAAUAAUUAGUUUUAUAUUAAUAGUGGCCGGUUUGUAACUACACAUAUAGUAAAUUUUGUUCUUAUGUAAUUGUACAGAUGUUUCUUAUUGAUUUUUUUUUAUUACUUCUUUAUAAUCUGUA